UUGGCAGAAGGUCCAAAGUGUCACUGGCUAAUCUGGACUUAACCAAUAAAGUCACUGAUCAUGGUCUUAUUUCUGCACUUACAAUGCACCUUCAGUUUGACUCCCAAGAACAAUAGCGUAACAUCUGUACUUUAGUUGGAUUACAAUGAGAUUUUUAGUUCCUAACCCGGGACUGGAUGAGAGGAUCCCUUCCUAUGAGGAUCUGAAGAAGGUGGAGAAGGAGGAGGCCGGGGACAGGCCCAAGUGGGACAACAAAGCCCAGUACAUCUUAACCUGUGUGGGCUUCUGCAUUGGGAUCAGCAACAUAUGGCGAUUCCCUUACUUGUGUCAAAGUCAUGGAGGAGGUGCCUUUAUGAUUCCCUACUUGAUGCUGCUGGUGUUGGAAGGAAUGCCUCUGCUGCUGCUGGAGUUUGCCAUUGGCCAGCGUCUCAGGAAGGGCAGCGUGGGAGUGUGGGAGGCCAUCUAUCCUUAUCUGAAAGGCAUUGGUAUAGCCUCCAUGCUGGUGUGCUUUUUUAUUGUAAUUUACUACAACGCUAUAAUGGCCUGGAUCAUUUGGUAUCUCUUCAACUCCUUUCAAAACCCGCUGCCUUGGGCCCAGUGUCCUCUCAAUGACAAUGGCACAGGAUUUGUAUCAGAGUGUCAACGGAGCUCCACUACGGAUUACUACUAUUACAAAGUGACUCUGAAUACUUCAGCCUCUAUAGCCGACUCCGGAGGAAUCCACUGGCCCAUAGUCGUCUGCCUGCUAGCUGCCUGGACAAUCCUCUGCAUCUGCUAUGCACGGGGGAUCAGCACUUCAGGCAAGGCAGUGUACGUCACAACUAGUCUGCCUUACAUCGUGCUGGCCAUCUUCCUGAUCCGAGGACUGACUCUUAAAGGCUCGCUGAGUGGAAUUAAGUUCCUCUUUACACCAGAUUUGGAUGAGCUGGCGAAACCAACUACUUGGCUGAAUGCAGGUGCCCAUGUUUUCUUUGCACUUGGUGUGGGAUGGGGAGGUCUCAUCUCUUUCUCCAGCUACAACCCUGUCCAUAACAACUGCGUGCAAGAUGCUGUGAUCCUGACCACUGUAACCGGCCUCACCUCAAUCUAUGCUGCUGCAGUCACCUACACCAUCAUUGGCUUCAGGGCCACAGACAGAUAUGACAACUGUAUCAGCGAUAACAUCGUGACAUUAUUAAAUGCCUUUGACCUUCCUGAAGACAGCAUCGCUGUGAGCAACUAUGAGGCAGCCUUGAAUCAUUUCAUCAGCUCCAGACCUGAUAUUGUACUUGGAUUGGACUUAAGAACCUGUGACAUGCACACACUUCUCAGCGAGGGAGUGGAGGGAACAGGUCUGGCGUUCAUUGUGUUUACUGAAGCCAUCAGCAAGAUGCCUGGUUCUCCGAUCUGGGCUGUCCUCUUCUUCGUCAUGUUUUUCUGCUUGGGACUCUCAAGUCAGUUUGGCACCAUUGAGGGAGUGAUAGUCCCACUUAAAGACCUGAAUGUAUUUCCGAAAAAUUGGCCUAAUGAGGCCGUGACUGGAGUAACAUGUUUUGUUGCGUUCAUCGUCUCCCUCCUGUUUGCGCAGCACUCGGGGAUGUAUUGGGUAACUCUUUUUGACAGCUUUGCUGGAUCUGUUCCACUGCUGACCAUUGGAUUGACUGAGAUUAUAGCCAUUGUUUUCGUCUACGGCAUAGACAGGCUCAAUGAGGACCUGCAGUUCAUUACUGGACAUAAACCCUCCAUCUUCUGGAAGAUUUCAUGGAUGUUCAUCAGUCCAGUAGCUAUUGCCUUUAUUUUAUUUUUCUACCUGGUGACACAAGCCCAACAAGAGCUCACCUAUUUAGUCUGGGAUCCCAACUCUGUGGAGUUCCCUUCUCUGGCAUCAGUACCAUACCCUUCAUGGGUCAACGCGGUCAUCUUUAUCCUGGCAGGAACCCCCAGUCUGGUCGUGCCUCUAUACAUGUUAUGUAGGCUGGUCCUCAUUCGCUGCAAGGAUAAAAUAGCAUCCAGGCAAACAAUGAGCCAAAUGGCCUGAAAUAUUUAAUUACAUCAUACAAGACAAUGCAAGAUUAUUAUUUGUUUUAUUAUUGCAUUAGAAUUACUAAUAUUUGAAUUGCAAUGUUUUUUCUUAAGCACAAUACUGAUGUUUUUAUGAUGCACUUCAGCUAACCAAUUUCUGGCCAUUUUGUACGAAUUCAUUGGUGCUGAGAGACAAGACACCAUAGUGAUUUAUAAGCUAUAUCAUUGUCAAAAUCAUUUGUUUUACAAAACCAUCUGGCUUCAAGAUGAAUUAGCAAGGUGUCGUGUUGACAAUUACAAAAAGGAGCCUUGUUUUUGUUUGCACCUCCAACAAUAUGGCAGAUAAUAUCGCACAGAAAUGUGGGAAGAACAUAAGGUCACUGUAGGUAAAGGAAUUUCAAUAAAAAAAACAUUCAACCCUU